AUUAGUACAGGGAAAUGAUCUAGCAUUCCUGCGUGCCACUCUUGACUGGUUAUCACUGACAACACAUUGAAGAGGACUCCUAACUUUCGACUUUUGGACAGGGACAGCAAUAGUUGUGCUUAUGUCGUGCUCCAAAUCAAUUUGGGAUUAAUAACAAUAUAAAUAAUACCAUUGGAGAAGAUGGAUUCUUUUUUAUCAGAAUUGAUGUGGAUAUUAUUCCUCUCCGUGCUGACCUUCUUCACCAGCAAUGCAGCCUGUCCGAGCCGCUGCAAGUGUCUUUCCAACGGCAAAGUCACGUGCAUAGGUGAUACCAUUACGGAUAUACCAACACAGCUGCCCAAUCAUACCUACACACUGAUUUUGGGCGGAACGAACAUGGACGUCAUAAGUGAGCAGAGCCUGGAGAAAAUGAAGCCGAUGACACGUUUCAGUCUAGUCUUCAGUCACCUCCAUACGAUCCAUCCCCGGGCUUUCCGUUUUGUUCCACAGCUCAAGUCUCUCAAGCUGACAAGCAACGAUCUUUCUACACUUCAUGCGAGAGUUUUUAGCCCACUUGUCGCUCUGGAGCAACUUCAUUUAAAUGGAAACCGACUGGAAGCAAUUACCGCUGACAUGUUUGAAGAACUUGUUGCUUUGCAAGAUCUAGAUUUGAGUUCCAACAAUUUGUCCAGUGUUCCUUCAGAAGCUUUCAGCAAACUGGUAAACCUUGAAAUCUUAAACAUUGGCAAUAAUUCCUUAAAAACUCUCUCCCCUACUACCUUUCACUCCUUGAUCAAACUUAACGAGCUCAUUAUUUAUAAAAAUCAAUUGAAGAAGUUAGAACCUGGAAUGUUUGAUGGACUAGUGAACCUUGAGUAUCUCCAAAUUUACUCCAACAAGAUAGCCACUAUUCCUCCGGAGGUAUUCUGGCCACUGAAGAAGUUGAAGAAUCUCACUUUAUCUUCAAACAAACUUCAAUCUAUCCCUGAGAGGAGCUUCUACAACAUGCCCAAACUUUUUAAACUGACCAUUUACAAUAAUCCGCUUUUGUCACUUCCGGAUGAGUUGAUGGGUCACAUGCCUGAAAUGCCAGAAUUUUACCUAUAUGACACGAAUCUCAUCAGAGUGCCUGGAAAUCUAUUUGCCAACAUGUCUGGGCUGCGGACCCUAAACCUCCAUUUUAACGACAGGCUAAGUGACUUGCCUCCAGAUUUGUUUUGCUGUCUUCCUGAACUUCAGAAGCUCUCGCUAAAAUCAAACAACCUUCAAAAACUGCAUCCCAAACACUUUUCCAGAUUAAACAAACUGGAAAUAUUACUCCUCAAUAACAACACCCUCAAGAAUCUACCCGAAAAUAUAUUUCAGGAGCUUGGACAACUCAGGAUGUUGGAUUUGAAUGGCAACCGACUUAAAAACCUCCCACAAGAUAUUUUCAAAUUCAAUAGAUUUGUAGAAGUCGUCUUGAGUGGCAACCCGUGGGACUGUACCUGCAGCAUCAACGCUUUGGUCAAAUGGAUCAAACUUAAUAGGCACGCAGUUCUUGAAAGUGACGAUGUCAUAUGUCAUAGUCCGCAAUAUCAAAUACUCCGUACCCUUGACUCUUUACAUGAUGAGGAACUGAACAAUUGCAACAUGACAACGGUCACUCCAAGUUGCACUCGGACACAGGAACCAACUCAAGAGUCAUCUUGGACAACUCCGACAGCUACCGAAGUAGCUUCCUCACCCCAACCAAAUGUCAAACCAGAUGAGAUUUCCUCCACUUACGACAUUCAGUCACCAUUUCAUGACAUCGUUGUUGUCGAAGAGGGACAUGACUUUGUCCACCACAACUAUCAUAGUGGUUGGGUAUAUGUGUGGUUUUUGCCCUCAAAAGCAGUCUUGGCAGGCUUCCUCAUGUUUUCUCAUAUCCUUCUUGUGGCCACAGGCAUGUUUCUCAUCGUUGCUAACAUGUAUGCUAUGCAUCUUCUUUGCAAGAGGGCAAACGAGAUAAAGGAACAAUUUGCACGCAUUCAAUGGAACAUAAUGGGCCCUCCUCUCAUUUUACACGUGCUCCUGUUUCUCUGCUCCUUCGACAUUGCUAUUUGGGCGUGUCCGGAUGGAUGCCAAUGCAAAGGAGUCGAAACAUUAUGCAUCGGUAUCUCAAAAAUUCCUCCUUUGCCGUCAUCCACAACGUCUCUUUACCUCUCAAAAUGCAACAUCAACUCCUUGAAAGCAGAGGACUUUUCUUCUGUCACUCACACAACACGGCUUGCCAUUGAUGACACCGUUUUGGAGGAGAUUCAACCUGGCACGUUUGAUUCCCUUGUGAACUUAACGGCCUUAAAAAUGACUGGAUUAGAAUUGAAAGAUCUACCAGAAGCCUUGUUUCAAAAUCUCCAGACACUUGAGACUUUGAAUCUGAAUACAAACAAGCUAGUGGCACUGCGUCCAAAGUGGUUCUCUCAAAUCAAAGUUCUCACCGCUCUUGAUCUUACUCAGAAUCAACUGAGCUUGAUACCCAUGGAAACUUUUCAUCCGCUCCUUGAGCUGGAGUACCUGUUGCUCGCGAGAAAUAAUAUCAGUCAGUUAUCGAGCGGGACAUUCAAAGGUCUUUCCAGGCUGAAAUAUCUUCGACUAAAUAAAAAUGUCCUCCAAGAAAUACCCAGUGGAAGUUUCGAUGACCUCAGAAACUUGGAGGAACUUUCCCUGCAGGACAAUCGUAUUACUCAUCUCCAACAUGACUUAUUCUCAAAAACCCCAAAACUCACAAAGCUGUUCCUCUCCAACAACCAACUGAGGACACUUCCACAAGGCCUCUUCUUGCACAUUCCCCAACUAGCCCAGAUCUCCUUGUAUGAAAACCAGCUGGAAAGCCUUGGUCCAGGGGUGUUUGGUCCCACGGCCUUGCAAGAGUUGUGGCUCUACGACAACAAACUGAGUCGUAUCGAAGAGGACACCUUUAAAAAUCUCACUCAGUUGCGUCUCCUGGUGCUCAGUCGCAACCGGAUCAGCGACGUAACUACCGGAGCCUUCCGAGGGUUGGAACACCUCGGUGAGGUAUCACUUCACACCAAUCUGCUGAAAACAUUACAAGCCGGGACAUUCCAAGGUCUCCCCAGCCUGGUAAACAUUUCUCUGGAGAACAAUUUUAUCAAUCAUCUGCCUGUUGGUUUCCUCCAAGGUCUAAGUCACCUGGGAGAGAUUGACCUAAGAAAUAACACCCUUGCAAACCUGCCACAGCGAGAUCUAGAUGCCAUUUCUGUGGCAGAUGAGAUACGUCUUGAGCAGAACCCCUGGAGGUGUGACAAGGACAUUCUGCCUCUUAGCAAAUGGCUGAAAAAACACCCAUCCAAGGCCAACCACACACUCGUGGUGUGUGACACACCCCUUAGUCUGAAUGAGAUGAUGAUAAGCUGGUUGACAGAAGAGGACUUGGGGCUGACUUCCACGCAGCAGACGCCGAUGACCUCAACAAAGACGAGAAGCAAACCAAAUUCACCUGUCGUCAAGACAACUUCUCCCUCAAAGUAUGAAGUCACAAGCAGCGGACAGGGAGAGGAAGGUCACGUUCCACACCGUACUUCCAUCAUCCUCAUUGUCUCCGCAGUUAUUGCAACGGCCAUUAUAAGUGCAGCCAUCAUUGGCUGUCUAUGCUGGAAGAGGAAUAAGAAAGGACGGGCACAUAUAGGCCACAGGAGCAGGAACUCUGUGCUCUAGAUGAAAUGUGUAUGAAACACCCAUUUAGGACAAAGAAAAUCAAUCAAUAAAAAAAAAUGGCAGGUUGGUAAAGGAUUUUCUUACUCUGAUACACGUAAUAUAUCCACAAUGUACACUAAAGAAAUAUAAAUGUAUCAAAAUCAAGGAUAAUAUCUAUGAUGGCCAUGACCUAGCACCUAAGGAGCCUUCACAUUUUUAUAUUUGAUGCAUAGUCCUGAACAGUUAUGAAACACCAAAAGGUCAUAUUCAUUCACAAAUAUUGAACCGUGUUGUUAGAUAACAAAUCUAACUGUAAAGGAGAACAGAUGUUUGUGAUUUUAAAGGUUUUACUGCUGUAUUUAUCUCACUGACUGUUCAUUACUGCAAGACUGACAUCUGCUGCUGAGAACGCAUAACUACAUUUAUACUCAGCAUUCAAUUUUUAACACAUUUGAAGUGAAUGAAAUAUGCAGUUUUUUUACAUUUGAUAGGAAGAAAUACUUCCAUGUUUGGAGAAAUGUUAUGCACUGAAAGUAAAGCACUGUUUUGAAACAAUCA